AUGUCUGCUCUCUCAGAAAGGAUAAAGGCGGUGGAGCCCAGCACCUACAGCAACAGUGAAACAGCAAUCGAAGCCAAAGUGGUGUUGUUAGGUACGGGGAAGACGUCCUUGGUGCAGCGAUAUGUGAACGAGGACUUUGACAACACUGUGACCACCACGGUAGGUGCCGGUUUCGCCAACAAGCGAAUAGUGAUGGAUGACGUCAAAAUAAAGCUGCAGAUCUGGGACACUGCUGGCCAGGAGCGAUUCAGGAGCAUGGCGCCAAUGUAUUAUAGAGGAGCGGUGGCCGCGGUGCUGGUGUAUGAUAUCACAAGCGUGUCGUCGUUCCACGCGGUCAAGGGCUGGAUUAAAGAGCUCAAUGAGGCGGCCAUGCAAGACGGUGACCUCAGGCGCAUGGCAAUUGGGAUCGCCGGCAACAAGAAGGACCUGGAGGCCGACCGCGAAGUGUCCACCAAGGACGCCACGGCCUACGCCGACAGCAUCGGCGCGUUCUACAUCGAAACAUCCGCCUUGGCCAACGAGGGUCUUGAUGAUCUGUUCAUGGGGUUGUGCCGACGAAUACUGGGGGACAAGGGCAGCAAGGGUAAGGGCGAAGGCGCGGGCGACAACAAGGGCGAGAGCCUCGACGCCAGGAGGAACCGGACGGCCUCGAAAACGGGACAGCAGAAGACCCCACGGAAGGAGACCAUCAAGCUCGAGGCGCCGCAAACAAACCACACCGACAAGCACGGCUCACACGAGAAGACGAAGAGGAAGUGCAUCCUCUUCUGA